AUGAAAUCAUGUUCCCAGGUGGCCAUCCAUAACCAUGACUGGAAACCUGACAUCGUCUACUUGUACCAAUUUCCACGGAGCGCCUGCAUGCCAAAUGUGUCACCGUUUUGUCUGAAGGUUGAGACAUUUCUCAAGGUCAAUAAAAUUCCUUAUGAGGUACGCCCACUAUUGAUGGGACGAUCGAAAUACGGUCUGCUACCAUUUAUCGAACUAAACGGCGAACACAUUGCCGACUCACAGAUCAUCAUUCAUCGUCUCACGGAACACUUUAAAACCAAGGAUCUCGAUUCGGUUCGAUUUCCAACAGUAAAUAUCCCGCAAAGCGACUCCCGGGAGUUUUAUGUAUAUGGGCGAUACCAACUGACGGGUUCUGAAGCAUUUUAG